UCAGCAAAGUACGUAUCUCAGAUAAAGAGAAGUCUUAUAUUAAAUCAUGGGUCGAGUCACAUCAAAAAGCACGUCCAAUCAUUCAAUGGAACAAAUUACAAUCGGAAAUGGAAACCAAAUUUGGCAAAUUCCAUUCGCGCAAUGAUCUUAAAAACGUUUGGUAUUCUUACAAAAGAUAUUUAUCUAGGGUUAAGAAUAAUAUCGAUAAUUCUAAAGCUAAAGUUCAUGUUGGUCUUGAUAAUCCUAAAGCUAAACUUUCUUACAUUUUAAAUGACGACGACUUUUACAAGUGCCCUUCUUAA